AAAAAAGUGUCAUAACUGCGGCGCCAAUAACCAUUUCUCCCCAUGCUGCCCGAAGAAACCGACGCGACGUAUGCAAGAAGAAGAAGAGAGCCAGCAAGCUGUAGAAGAGCAAGAAAGGAAUACGUGCCGCAUCCAGUUGUACUGUCAUCAUCCAAAACGCGGUCGCGUUGAUUUACCUUUCAAACUUCACAAAGAAGUGACUCUACGUCAGGCCGUUUCAAUGGCAUAUGAGCAGAUUGGCGAUCUAUCCGAUAUUGGUGUGCCACUCAGCCGGCGUUGGCUAGUCAAGUAUAACGAGGUUUACGACAGUGUAAAAUGUAGCUGGGAUCAUCGAAUGGGUGAAACCGUCAAUUAUAUAUUUGACGGUGUCAAAUCUUCCUACAAGUUUGACUUGCUCUUGGAAAUUAUUCCUGAAGGCCAAACUUUCCAAGUUUAUUCCAGUCUGAAUGCCAAGAUUUUUAUGGUGGAUGUGGAUGCAAGAGAGUAUCACUCACCUGUGUCCAUUCGUAUGCCUUUCAGUAGCUCUGUCCAAGAUCUGAAGCUCAGCAUGAAAUCUACGAUGAACAUUGCCGAAGAUCCAGAUCAUAUCCACCUGGUCACCAUACGUAACUCUAAUGAGCUACAUAGAUUGACCCAAAAAGAACGUAGUUUAAGGAGCGAAGGCUUCCAAAGGGCAGAAAAAGUCUACGCCACCGUGUUUGCCUCCAGUGAUGAAAACAAAUUCCUAUCGUUGUGCAAACCACGCCUGUAUGAUCUGAUCGACCUGAUUGAAAAUUUGGAUAAAGCUAAGCAAAUUGUGAAACAGCGCAAAUUACAGAGUAGUUCGCUUUAUGCUAAAUCGAAAACUGUCGAGGGAUCUUUGAAAGCAAGAUUGCUUAGUCAAAAAUGGAAAUAAUGUUUGGAAUUUCACCUUUGCCAUGUGCUGUAAAGCAAUUUUCCUUUCUUAACCUCUUCCCCUGCUCUUUUUCGCUUCGCUCUCAUCAAACAAAAAACUUUCUUCUCAAACAAUCAGCCUUACGUGGAAAAGUAAUAAUAAACCAAAUUAUUUGUCACGA